UGAAGAUCUUGGCGUAUAAUGAAACGAUACGUUUGCUGAGAUAGACACACCAAAAUUUUUAUUUAAUUUUUAUAAAUGAAAUAUUUAUUUUUAUAGUGAGUUAUAUAUAAAUAAAUAGAACAAAAAUGGCGGAUUUAAAAAGUGUUUUGUUUGGUGUAUUGCUUAUGUUUUGUUCGUGUGAAGCGUACAAGAUUUUAGCUAUUUUUCCUGUGCCCAGUACUAGUCAUGGUAUCCUUGGAGACAACAUGAUUAAACAUCUUUUGAAUGCUGGACAUGAGGUUACAUACAUAACACCUUUCAUCAAGACGAAGAAAUAUAAUCAUCCCAAUCUGAAAAUAGUAGACGUGUCUGCUAAUGAAGAAUAUUUUGAUGAAAGUCUGACGGACAUAAAGAUGAUUAUGUCAGGAGCGCUCGAUUACAAAGACCCUGUACUAAUGGCGCAGCUCACAAUCAUGUUGGCUACCACCACACUUGGUAAUCCAAACGUCCACAGUUUCCUGAAAGACCCAAAUCAGCAGUUCGAUGUCAUCAUUGGAGAAUACAUGUUCUCCGACAUGUAUUCUGUCUUCCAAGCGGUAUUCCAGUGUCCAUUCAUCUGGUUCUCCACAAUACAGCCACACUGGGGGAUUCUAAAGAUGGUGCAUGCACCCCUAAACCCCUCAUACAACAGUGACUACAUCAUUGGCAACGUUGCCCCAUUCACCUUUAAGGAAAGAGUUCAAGAGCUGUGGUACCAAUUGAAAGGAUUGUUUUAUCAUAAAUAUAUCAAUCCUGAACAAGAAGACAAAGUAUACCAGGAACACGUAGUUCCAAUUUUGAGAGCUCAAGGAAAGCCAGUGCCCAACUAUGAGGAACUCAAAUACAAUGCGUCUCUGGUAUUAGGAAAUUCUCAAGUGGUAUUUGGCAACGCUGUGCCUUUACCACCAAACUACCAGCACAUCGGAGGCUUCCAUAUUGAUGAAGAUGUCAAACCUUUACCAGAGGAUCUAAAGAAGUUAAUGGAUAAUGCGAAGAACGGUGUUAUUUACUUCAGUCUUGGAUCAAACAUUAGAAGCAAAGACUUGCCAGACAGCAUGAAAGAAGGUCUCUUGGAGAUUUUUGGAAAACUCAAACAGACUGUUAUUUGGAAAUUCGAAGAGAAUUUGGACAAGACACCUAAGAACGUGCAUAUAGUGCAGUGGGCACCACAGCAGAGUUUAUUGGGUAAGCUAAAAUGUAAUGACAACUAUAUUAAUGGACUUUAUAUUUACAGGUACACUGCAAAAAUAAAGGAAAUAUCUGUAGCAUACCACCACAGUCCGAUGAAGCCGGGAGAAGCAUUGAACUUCUGGGUGGAGCACGUGGUGCGCACGCGCGGCGCCCCACACCUGCGCUCGGUGGCGCUACAAGUGCCGCUGUACCAACAAGCGUACCUAGAUCUGCUAGCUGUGAUACUGGCAGCUGUUGCUGUUAUAUUACUAGUGGUUAAGAGGAUUUUAAGUUUAUUCACAUCAGAAAGUCCUAAACUAAAAAGGAAUUAAAAAAUUCUAAUAUUGUACCAACAAAUAUCGACGUAGCUUUCUAUAAAUGCAUGUUUGUUUAAGCAUGGACCUUGUUUCUGUAACAUUAGUAUGAGUUUACUUUACAUUUAAAAUAAUCAAAACGUGUAGUCGGUUGGCCGACUCAAACAAACCAACCAAUCAGAACGCCGAAUGCGCUCUCGUUUCGAUUACUUUAAAUAUAAAGCAAACUCGUAAUAAGGGUACUGGACAGAUUUUGAUAGUAUUAUCCCUAAUGCAUCUUAGUAGUAGUAACUUCCUAACUGAACUGAACCACAUACAUUAAAAAUAAAAAUUAUUAAAUACUGCCAAACUACUGAAAAAGCGAUGAUAAUGACGAUGAUCCAGUGGCACUUUUUCUCGAUUCAUGCUUGACCAAAGUAUACUAGUAUACAAAUGUGAAGUGUGUGAAGAAUUUAACAUUUAGGUAAUUUAAUUUGCGUGUAUUGGAGAUUUAAGUGAUAUUAUUUAUUAUAACUGAAUGUCAUGAUAACUGAAUUAUAAUUUGUGUGUUUGAAUUUUU